AUUUCUCUUCAAGUUAUUAUUGCGCUGAUAAAAUGUUGCAAUAAUUUGUGCUUUGUGGUUUCAUAUUGUGACAGUUGUGUAUUUAAACGAAUACAAAUGAGACAACAGUUUCCAUAAGUGUGUAAAUAUUUAAGUGUAAACAGCAUGAUGAUGAGAAUUAAUUGAUAUUACUCUUUAUCACAAUAGUCUGCGAAAUAAAUCUUUUUGUGUAUCUGAUGGGUGUAUGUAUCGCAAGUUGUUGCAUUAUGAGAGAAACGGUGCACAUUGUAUAUAUAUAUCGGUAGUUUAUUAUAGAGUAGACAAAAAACUGCGUAUUGGACUUUGCUGCACAUUGUGAUUCUUCAGGGAAUGUUCAUGCUUAAACCACAAAGCAAUAGUAUGUUUUUAUGGUGUCUAGUUUUCAUUCAUUUUCAUAAUCGGAACAUGUUAGAUCUGAAAAAAGAUACGCUGUAAGAAGAAAACAGACAAGCCUAUGUUAAGUACAAAACUGGAGCUUUGUGAUAUUGGAAUUUGUGAUCAUAUAAAAACAAAAGUGGAGUUGUUCUGUUUGUUAUGUGAAUACUGGCAGUAUCAGCCAGUUCAGUGAUUUAUGUGAAGAAGUAAGAGAUUAGGACAGGCAAAAUAUUUGUUUGAUAUUUUGCAAUUUCAUUUUUGUUUAUUAUUGAUUGGUAAUGGGAACAUUUAAACUUGGAAUAUCAAAGGUGUAUCCACAUGACAGCAACGUAGUGGAGGGAAUGGGCCCAACUCCCAUUUCCCAUGAACAUUUACUGCAAAUUUUGGAACGAGAACCAGAUAGGAUUAAAUGGUCGGCACCGAGAGAAGUUAUCAUUUGUAAGGGAAGGUCUGGAAAAUUGGGAAUAAAACUUAAUUCUUUUAAGGGUGAAACAGACUGGUAUACAGUUGUCACAAAAGUGAAGGACGAUUGCUGUAUUCGUAGAGGAUUGUUGAAUGUAUUUGAUCGCAUCGUAUCCAUUGACAACGAAAGUAUUGUACAUAUUACUGGAAAAUGUGUUCUUAGGAAGUUGCAAAAUCUGCCGGAAUCCAACAUCGUUCUGACAGUUACAUAUGUGGAUAGCAUACAUUACGAUAGACCUGCUUUAAAACAUGUAGACAUUUUUACAGACAAACAGGAGCACUGUUCGAAUUCUUUUGAGCAGUUACGAAGUCCAUCGCAAAAUUCUGAAACUAUCAGUACGGCUAGUGCUGGUAGACUUAGUCGCAACAACACUAAAGCUAGUAUUACCCAAGAUAUAAGUUUAACGUUGCUAUCAUGUGAAUUAUCGGAGCAAGAGAGAGUAUUGAAAAGAAACCCAAAAUGUGGCAUAGAGAACGAGACUACAUUUACUGAAAGUGAAAAUAAUGAUAACAGGCUUAGCAAUGAAUCAGAAUCUAGUGUAACCUGGUUGAGUGAUUUGGAAGUUAAGAAUGGUUCUAGAAUUAUUAAACGAGGACACAGUCAAGUUUCUGGAAGCAGCAGUAACCAGUCUGUGAAUUCUGACUUUCCGCUGUUAAAGAAAGAAGGAAUGAGGAGAUCUAAGGAGAACAAGUCUGUGCGGCCAUUGUUCAAGCCGGGAAGUACAGAUAGUCCUGAUCGGGCAGAACUUGAACCCCUGAACUUGAGGGCUACUGAUGCGCUGUCACCCGUACCUCAUGGAAAAUCUGAGAAAUUUAAUCUCUCACCGCAGUUGCAUAUAUCCAAAGAUUCAGCUGUCUCUAUGCAGGAUAUAAUGUUUGAGGAACAAGGCUUAGUGCCAACACAUGCUGGUCAUCUGAGCCAGUGUCAGUGUCCCAGUUGUGCUGGUACCUCAGAGUCAAGAGUAUGUUACAGUUGUGGAACAAGGCCGGGCUCAAGUCCAAAGAAGACAACAAGUCCUGGGGUGUCACUAUUUAUAGAUUCCCAGGAACCUCUGCCAGAGGAUUAUGGGAAUUUUCUUCUUAAGAACCCUCACCUGGCAGUUUGGGAUGGUAGAAAUACACAUGUGGUAGAGAUUGACAAAGGUCAGGCCAAGGAGUUUGGCUUCUCUUUUAAAGUCAAAAUAGGAAAGGAAUAUGGACAUGCUGAGGGAUUUCUGAACAAAAAGAAUCAGGACACUAGUGUUGAAGUUUAUACUUUGGUAAAGUCUGUUGACAAGGGUGGUCCUGCAAUGGGGAAAUUACAUUUGGGAGACUGGAUAAGAUCAGUCAAUGGUACACCAAUUCAGAAAGCACAAGAGGCAUUUGGACUUAUAACCAGCGGCAGUGGAAGCAGCACGAUGCGUCUUGUUAUUCAGAGACCAGUCGGGUUCUCCCAACACCCGAAUAGCGUUAGCUCAGAUAAAUCAGAAACGUACUUGCAGGUUGCAAGAUCGCCAUCUCCAUCACAAAACACUCCGUCUCCAGAAAGAAAGGAGCAGGAUCCUUUAAUUCCGGGAAUAAUUGAACCGAAGAAAGAUCCGGUAAAAAUGGUUCGGCAACAGAAUAUUUACUUUUCUGACAUGUCACUUAGCAACAGUGAAACUGAUUCUGGUAUUGCCCCAUUUCCCAGAACUGUGAAAUUUCCAAAAGUACGGAUAUUUGUUUGUGGGAGUGAGGCGGAAAAGUAUGUUGAUUUAUUGUUGAAAGAAUCAGAAGUGGAAACAAUUUUUCAAAACAUUGGAUAUACUCAUGUAGAAUUUUCUAUGGCAACAAAUUGUUUUGGAAAUGUAGUGACAUCAAAAAUUUGCUCAGACUUGUAUGACGCCAGCAAUCGAUUAAAUUCAUACUUGUCUAAUGUAAACCAGUCAGAUCUAAGGGGAGGUGGCGAUGUGAACUGUAAACAAUGUGGAAAUGAUUUCAGCUGUGAUAUGUCGUCCAGUGCUAUAGGUACAAUAGUUAAUGUUGAUCUGUUUGUUGUCCCUGAUGAUAAAUUGUUUUAUUGUUGUUGUCCAUACUUGUUUACAAAAUCCAGUCUGUUUAUACUGACGUUUGAUGGUGAUAAAAUGUUACGCGCAGCUCCCCAGGAAUUUUCACGUUUAUGGAGUUUAUCACACACAAUACGCAGUUUUGCUGGUGAAGAGUGUCAUAUCAUGUCGUGCGGGUUGUUGGAAAGUGGCGCUGAGGCGAAUAACAUGCUGGAUGAAGUGAGAGCACUUUUUUAUACACCGUUUAAUACUCGUCUUCAGAAUUACAAUGUUUCUGGACCAGAACUUUUAAACCUGCAGUCCAGUCAAUCGGCCAGUAACAUUACUCAUUUGAGUCACACGCAUCAGAGUCUGCUGUGGAAGACUGUUACAGACACUAUUCAGCGCCAGCAUGUGUUACAACCGUCUCUGUUAGUCGUAGACUAUCUACACGUUCUUCGUGACAAGGAAAUGCUACUCACGGAGGAGCAGUUCAUGAGCGUUAUCAAAUCUAGGCUGCCUGAUUAUAAGCUAGAUGUCCACCAGAUGAUCUUGACAUAUUUGAAUACAUUUGGAGAAAUCAUGUUGGGAAAGGCCACGCCUUAUUUCUCUCAAGGUGUGCACUCUAUAGAAAGUCGUGUGAUUCUGAAUCCAAAGUUUCUACUAGGCAGUCUGAACUAUGUAUUAUCUGUGAUAUAUGAGGACAAACAAACAUGGAGCCGUACACUUUGCACCGGCUUCCUCCGGAAAUCCGAUCUUGCUCAUUUGACCGGAUUCUCAGAUGUUAUGUGCAGAAAUGUCAUAGACUUUUGGGAAUGUAAUGGACUCAUAUUCCGUAAGCCACAGUCAUCCGAAAUGGGAGAGACGGAGUUUUUUAUCCCGUAUUUUUCUCAAGUGCCAAGCAGUAAUGAAAUACCUUUAGCUGGGAGAAAAGAUCUAGAGCUAUAUCUGCAGUUUACAGAGCAUGAAUCCAGUCAAAGUUUUUACCAGGUCGUGUUUACCCUGGCUGCGCACUCAGACAAUAUUGACAGUCUUACAGUUCCGGGAACCAAUUGUGCUGUCUUCACAUACAAAGGGUUCCUUGUGACAGCUUUCCAUCAGAAAAUUGAGGACAGAAUCAAGUUUAUUUUAUGCAGAGAGGAUAAGAGCUUAGGGACAAAGCCGGCAGAAUUAUUCAGCUGGUUAUAUGGGACAUGUCACCGAUAUCUAGAGACUCCAUUUACCUUGUGUUCUCUAUGCCCCCUGGGCGAGGCCUGCCACAGGAGUCCUGCUGUGGGUACUCAUUUGAUUGACCUGAGAGACUCCAAACCUCAGUAUUGUGGGAGUGACAGAAUAGAUACUCUGAAUCCUAUCAGAAUCUGGAGACAGAAAGAUACAGAGCAUGUGACACCAGAGAGUGUAUCCUCACAGAGGACAAGUAAGCCUGUGAAACAGCCAGUGACGGUGAUGGAAUUACCCUGGUCUGUCUUCCACAAGUUGUGUCUCAAACUCAAGGUGACCAGCCCACUGGGCAGGGACUGGAAAGGUCUUGCAGGUCAAAUGGGAUAUAGUGUGGAACAAGUGGAUGUAUAUGAGACAGCUAAAGAACCAGUUCAAGCACUACUGUGUGACUGGGGACGUUCCACUAAUGCUACCAUAGAAAAACUUCUGUCCCUUCUCUCGGAACUUGACAGAGAGGAUAUCAUAUCAGACAUUCAACAAGCCCUUCAGCAGUCACCUUCAUUGGUCUCCAGAAGUACCUGUCAAUCAUCACCAGUAGACACGCCUAAUGCAGAUUUAUCACCAAUCAGUAAUAUAACUGUCAGUGAAAGGGGUGUGGCUUAUGAUGGAAGAGAGAAUGAAAUGGUCUCUCAUGUCAUACCUAAAGGAAAUAUAACGGUGGCAGAAAGAAGUGUAGCUAAUGUUGGUAUAGAGGAUGGUGUUGGCCAUAGUGCAAGCCUCAGCGUGAAAUUAAACAAUCUAGACAAUAACAAUAAGGUAGAUGUAGUUACAGGCAUUGGAACGGAGAUGAUGAUAACACCAGUGGAGACACCACGGAGAACAGGACCUCUCCAACAAUCAUAGUUCCAUUAGAUACAAAUGAUACUAAAUCCAGUAGUUAGGUAUCGAUUGCUUUUAACCACCCAUUCAUGGGUCAUGUUUACUCACUAGGUACAAGAAAAUGUUCUCUGUGACAAUUUUACGCAAGGCAUUAUGUCCAGAAUAAUUUGUCUUUCACUUCUGUCUCCUGUGUGAAAGUUGUCAAUUACUUUAACAGAACAAGUUGGAAAACUAUGACUUCGUUACACAACUGGAAAUGUGUUGAAAAACUGUGUGGUAUUGAAAUAUCAAUUUCAUGUAUAGCCGGGUAAGUCCUUGUUGGAAACCUAUUAGUUGUUAACACAAUGACAUGAAUGAAUACAAGAACUGUAUUUGCAGUCCCUGUAACAGAAUUGUCUGUAGUAAACUGUGUGGACUCACUGUAUCUUACUGUGUGGGACUUACUGUGUGGACUCCCUGAAUAUGAGUGGACUUCGGUUCCUUCUGUGAGGACUCACUGCUUCCUACGGUGCAGACUUGAGGCAUCUGAGUUGACUGUGCUUCAGAGUUGACAUUGCUACGAACUCUGGGGACUUGAUUUUUCUUACUGUGCUGACUUGACACAUCUGAGUUGACUGCUUCAGAGUGGACGUUGCUACAAACUGUGUGGACUCGCUGCUUCUUAAUGUGCAGACUCACUGCAUCUGAGUACACUCUUUCACUGCUGCUAACUGUGCAAACUAGUUCAGUGUUCCAUUUUGCUGCAUCAGUUGACUCAUGAGUGGACUGACAGUGGCUACUCGUGUGGACUCACUGCUUUGUAAUGUGCAGACUAACUACAUCUAAGUGGAAUCACUGCUUUUGAGUGGACUCACUGCUUUCAGCUGUGCAGACUCACCACUUUAAUUGGCUAUGUGAGCUCAGUGCUUCUAACCAUGCCUCUAACCACUUACUUCUCUGUGGAAAACAGAACAUAAAUCUCUUCUAAGUAGUGAAUGAAACAUGUAGCAAGGCAGAAGUGCUAUAUUUAUUUAAAGUUUGAUGGAAUGGAAAAUGAGUACCUGCAUCUAGGAAUUUUUUUACAUGUGGAAAUACAGAUUCUCCUUAUUGAAUGGCCUUACGAUGCAAGUCUGCUGGACAGUUUAUGUUAGAAGUUUUCAUAGAUUGUAGAUGGAGAUCUGAAUAUCUGGCUAUAAGGUGACUAUUUAGGUAGUAACAAUGCACUUCCAUAUUUGCUACCCGAGAGCUGGAUUUUCCCAACACACCUAAAACCAGUUCUAGAUUUUUUUUGCAUUCUUUAAUCUAUAAAUAGUAGUAGAAACAUCUGGUGGUAGAAAUUGUACAUUGUUUUUGAACUCUGUUUAUUUAUUUUUUAAUAAAAUUAAUAUUUUGGUACUAUUAACACUGUUUUUUAACUUCAGCUAUUCUUGAACGCAAAAUUGUAAGGAACUUGUGCAUCUUUAUUUUACAUUCUUCAGAAAUUUAUUAAGGUAGAACUUCCAUGCUCUGUGUUGUUUUUAGCUCAACUAUUUGAAAUUUUUCAAACAGGAGAUUUUGUACUCGCCCUUUUUUUCACGUCCUCAUCCAUGUCAGGAAAAUUUAGCAUGUAAACACAUUUCUCAGAAACUACUAGGCCAAAUGCUUUCAAACUGGCAUUAUGAGAUGACCUUCCAGGACAAGUUACGUAACUCUAGCUUAUUUUUUGUCUAAAUUAUUUCCCUUUUAACUUCAAACUUCAGGUAAAAGUUUUGCAUGAAAGCAGGUUUCUCAAAAUGCUUUCAACCUUCAUACAUGGCUUUUUGAGAUGACAUCAUUUGGCAAGUUACAUAACUCUAGCUUUUGUCAAAAUUAUUCCCCUGUUUCAACUUUAAACAUUUUGCUAAAGCUUUUAUAUGUUACUUAGUAUUAGGUAGAAAGGCUUUGAAUAGUCGAGCACGCUGUCAUUAGACAGUCAUUAGACAGCUCUUGUUUAGCUUGACUGGUCGCAUUUUAUUCUUUGUGAUGAUUUGGCAUGCAGUGCACAAGUUACAUAACUCUUUCCUUGCAUUUGUCAAUAUGCCUUUUGGACUUCGCAAUUUGUGGUAAGUUUUAAUAUGUAAGCUGGUAUCUCAGUAACAACAAGUUGGAAUAGGUUGAAACUUCACCCCAAAUAUUCAAUGUGAUGAUCUAGGUUUCAUAACUCUAUUUUCCAUUUUUACAAAGUUAUGCCCCUUUGUCGACUUAACAUUGUUUUGUUGCUUUUGUAUGUAAGCUCGUUACUUAUCUUCAGUAACCACUUGUGGGAAUGGAAUGAAACUUCACACACAUGCUCACUGUGAUAAACUGACCUCCAUUGCACAGGUUUCAUAACUCUAUUUUGCUUUUUUACAAAAUUAUGCCCCCUUUUCAACUUAGAAAUUCUUGGUUAAGGUUUUGUAUGCAAGCGUGUAUCUUCAGUAACCACUUGUGGGAAAGGAAUGAAGCUUCACACACAUGUUCACUGUAAUGACCAGUGUACAGAUUCUAUAAUGCUAAUUUGCUUUAAACAAGACCAUGCCCCUGUUUGGACUUGCACCCUUUCUGUUUAAGUUUUUGUAUGCAAACUGAUACUUCAAUAACCACUAGUGGCAAUGGAUUAAAACUGUACACACUUGUUUAUUUUGAUGAUCUGACAUGAAAAAUGCAUAGGAUCCAUAACUUCAUUUUACUUUUUGCUAAGUUACUCCCCAUUUUCUAAUUGGUAUUUAUUGAUACAACUUUUCUAGUAACAAGGCUUUUGAAUAGAUGUGCAUUGCUGUUCUCUGACAUCUGUUGUUUUGCCAUAUUUUUGCACUAAGAUAUUCUGAAAGUUUUAUAUUGAUUCAGUAAUGGUUGAAUUUAUGUUUUAGCUCAACAAUCAAUAAGAUAUUAAGAAAUCCACUUUGUCUCUGAACUUUAUCUCAGGAACUAAAUGUUUUCUUUGUGUUUUUUAUGCUUUUUGUGUUUUUAGCUCACCUGAGCACAAAAUGCCCAAGGUGAGCUGUUGUGAUCACUCUGUUUCCCUUGUCAUGCGUCAUCAGCACUAGAAGUCAUAAGUUUAACCUAAUCUUAAUGAAACUUAGUCAAGAGUGAUUUGCUUAGUACAUUCUUUGUUGAGGUGGAUAUUGGUUCAAUUAGGUCACUAGGUCAAACAAUAGAAAAACCUUGUUAAUAAUCUAGGUCACAUUUUUUACCUGAUCUUUAUGAAACAUGGUCAGAGUGUUUGUCUGAAUAAAUUAUUUGGUCCAUUUAAUAACUGGGUGAUCUUAGAUGUCAAACUAAGUCACUAGGCUUAAUCAUAGUGAGACAGUAUGAAACAGGGUUUUCUUGUGUCUAAAACAAGGUCAGUAGAUAAAUGCAUUAAAUAAACUUAUUAGCUCACCUGUCACAAAGUGACAAGGUGAGCUUUUGUGAUCGCGCGGUGUCCGUCGUCCGUGCGUCCGUAAACUUUUGCUUGUGACCACUCUGGAGGUCACAUUUUUCAUGGGAUCUUUAUGAAAGUUGGUCAGAAUGUUCAUCUUGAUGAUAUCUAGGUCAAGUUUGAAACUGGGUCACGUGCCUUCAAAAACUAGGUCAGUAGGUCUAAAAAUAGAAAAACCUUGUGACCUCUUUAGAGGCCAUAUAUUUCACAAGAUCUUCAUGAAAAUUGGUCAGAAUGUUCAUCUUGAUGAUAUCUAGGUCAAGUUCGAAACUGGGUCACGUGGGGUCAAAAACUAGGUCAGUAGGUCUAAAAAUAGAAAAACCUUGUGACCUCUCUAGAGGCCAUAUAUUUCACAAGAUCUUCAUGAAAAUUGGUCAGAAUGUUCACCUUGAUGAUAUCUAGGUCAAAUUUGAAACUGGGUCACGUGCCAUCAAAAAAAAGGUCAGUAGGUCAAAUAAUAGAAAAACCUUGUGACCUCUCUAAAGGCGACAUUUUUCAUGGGAUCUGUAUGAAAGUUAGUCUGAAUAUUCAUCUUGAUGAUAUCUAGGUCAGGUUCGAAACUGGGUCACGUGCGGUCAAAAACUAGGUCAGUAGGUCUAAAAAUAGAAAAACUUUGUGACCUCUCUAGAGGCCAUAUAUUUCAUGAGAUCUUCAUGAAAAUUGGUCAAAAUGUUCACCUUGAUAAUAUCUAGGUCAAGUUCGAAAGUGGGUCAUGUGCGGUCAAAAACUAGGUCAGUAGGUCAAAUAAUAGAAAAACCUUGUGACAUCUAGAGGCCAUAUUUUUCAUGGGAUCUGUAUGAAAGUUGGUCUGAAUGUUCAUCUUGAUGAUAUCUAGAUCAGUUUCGAAAGUGGGUCACAUGCCAUCAAAAACUAAGUCAGUAGGUCAAAUAAUAGAAAAACGUUGUGACCUCUCUAAAGGCCAUAUUUUUCAUGGGAUCUGUAUGAAAGUUGGUCUGAAUGUUCAUCUUGAUGAUAUCUAGGUCAGUUUCGAAACAGGGUCAUGUGCGGUCAAAAACUAGGUCAGUAGGUCUAAAAAUAGAAAAACAUUUUGACCUCUCUAGAGGCCAUACUUGUGAAUGGAUCUCCAUAAAAAUUGGUUAGAAUGUUCACCUUGAUGAUAUCUAGGUCAGGUUUGAAACUGGGUCACGUGCCUUAAAAAAACUAGGUCAGUAGGUCAAAUAAUAGAAAAACCUUGUGACCUCUCUAGAGGCCAUAUUUUUCAUGGGAUCUGUAUGAAAGUUGGUCUGAAUGUUCAUCUUGAUGAUAUCUAGAUCAGUUUCGAAAGUGGGUCACAUGCCUUCAAAAACUAGGUCAGUAGGUCAAAUAAUAGAAAAACCUUGUGACCUCUCUAAAGGCCAUAUUUUUCAUGGGAUCUGUAUGAAAAUUGGUCUGAAUGUUCAUCUUGAUGAUAUCUAGGUCAAUUUCAAAACAGGGUCAUGUGUGGUCAAAAAUGGAUCUCCAUAAAAAUUGGUUAGAAUGUUCACCUUGAUGAUAUCUAGGUCAAGUUUGAAACUGGGUCACGUGCCUUAAAAAGCUAGGUCAGUAGGUCAAAUAAUUAAAAAAAAUCCUUGUGACCUCUCUAGAGGCCAUACUUUUCAUGGGAUCUGUAUGAAAGUUGGUCUGAAUGUUCAUCUUGAUGAUAUCUAGGUCAAAUUUGAAACUGGGUCACGUGCCAUCAAAAAAAAGGUCAGUAGGUCAAAUAAUAGAAAAACCUUGUGACCUCUCUAAAGGCGACAUUUUUCAUGGGAUCUGUAUGAAAGUUAGUCUGAAUAUUCAUCUUGAUGAUAUCUAGGUCAGGUUCGAAACUGGGUCACGUGCGGUCAAAAACUAGGUCAGUAGGUCUAAAAAUAGAAAAACUUUGUGACCUCUCUAGAGGCCAUAUAUUUCAUGAGAUCUUCAUGAAAAUUGGUCAAAAUGUUCACCUUGAUAAUAUCUAGGUCAAGUUCGAAAGUGGGUCAUGUGCGGUCAAAAACUAGGUCAGUAGGUCAAAUAAUAGAAAAACCUUGUGACAUCUAGAGGCCAUAUUUUUCAUGGGAUCUGUAUGAAAGUUGGUCUGAAUGUUCAUCUUGAUGAUAUCUAGAUCAGUUUCGAAAGUGGGUCACAUGCCAUCAAAAACUAAGUCAGUAGGUCAAAUAAUAGAAAAACGUUGUGACCUCUCUAAAGGCCAUAUUUUUCAUGGGAUCUGUAUGAAAGUUGGUCUGAAUGUUCAUCUUGAUGAUAUCUAGGUCAGUUUCGAAACAGGGUCAUGUGCGGUCAAAAACUAGGUCAGUAGGUCUAAAAAUAGAAAAACAUUUUGACCUCUCUAGAGGCCAUACUUGUGAAUGGAUCUCCAUAAAAAUUGGUUAGAAUGUUCACCUUGAUGAUAUCUAGGUCAAGUUUGAAACUGGGUCACGUGCCUUAAAAAAACUAGGUCAGUAGGUCAAAUAAUAGAAAAACCUUGUGACCUCUCUAGAGGCCAUACUUUUCAUGGGAUCUGUAUGAAAGUUGGUCUGAAUGUUCAUCUUGAUGAUAUCUAGAUCAGUUUCGAAAGUGGGUCACAUGCCUUCAAAAACUAGGUCAGUAGGUCAAAUAAUAGAAAAACCUUGUGACCUCUCUAAAGGCCAUAUUUUUCAUGGGAUCUGUAUGAAAAUUGGUCUGAAUGUUCAUCUUGAUGAUAUCUAGGUCAAUUUCAAAACAGGGUCAUGUGUGGUCAAAAAUGGAUCUCCAUAAAAAUUGGUUAGAAUGUUCACCUUGAUGAUAUCUAGGUCAAGUUUGAAACUGGGUCACGUGCCUUAAAAAGCUAGGUCAGUAGGUCAAAUAAUUAAAAAAAAUCCUUGUGACCUCUCUAGAGGCCAUACUUUUCAUGGGAUCUGUAUGAAAGUUGGUCUGAAUGUUCAUCUUGAUGAUAUCUAGGUCAAAUUUGAAACUGGGUCAACUGCGGUCGAAAACUAGGUCAGUAGGUCUAAAAUUAUUAAAAUCUUUUGACCUCUCUAGAGGCCAUAUUUUUCAAUGGAUCUUCAUGAAAAUUGAUCUGAAUGUUCACCUUCAUGAUAUCUAGGUCAGUUUCGAAACUGGGUCACGUGCGGUCAAAAACUAGGCCAGUAGGUAUAAGAAUAGAAAGACCUUGUGACCUCUCUAGAGGCCAUAUUUUUCAUGAGAUCUUCAUGAAAAUUAGUGAGAAUGUUCACCUUGAUGAUAUCUAGGUAAAAUUUAAAAGAGGGUCACGUACCUUCCAAAACUAGGUCAAUAGGUCAAAUAAUAGAAAAACCUUGUGACCUCUCUAGAGACCAUAUUUUUCAAUGGAUCUUCUUGAAAAUUGGUCAGAAUUUUUAUCUUGAUAAUAUCUAGGUCAAGUUCCAAACUGGGUCACAUGAUCUCAAAAACUAGGUUACUAUGUCAGAUAAUAGAAAAAACGACGUCAUACUCAAAACUGGGUCAUAUGGGAAGAGGUGAGCAAUUCAGGACCAUCAUAGUCCUCUUGUUAACACUCCAGAGGCCAUAUUUUAUACCUGAUCUUCAUGAAACUUUGUGAAAAUGUGUGUUUUUACGAAAUCUAAAUUAAUAAAUUAGGUCAGUUGAGCAAUACAGGGCCUUCAUGGCCCUAUUUGUUUUUAUUUCAUGCUGGUUUCUUUCUGGGUAUUUGUCAAAUGAUAGUACACAUAUUUUAUAAAGCAAUAACUGUUUGGAUGUGAUAUUAAUUAUGUUACAUUUUUAUUGAAUCUCUGGUGUUUCUUUGUUGUUGUUUUUUUUUGUUGUAAUAUAUUCUGUUUUAAUGAGAUUGUAUGCAAUGUAUAGAACUUUGCAUGUAGAAAAUUGUAUAUAAUGCUUCUCCUUUUAAAUUUGUUGCCAUACCUGCUGCAUAUUUAGGGAAUGAAGUUUGGUUUUGUAUUUUUAUAUUUAUCACAUAACUUACUAUAUACAUCACCCGUCCUUAAGUUUGUGCUGUAUAAUUAGUUUGUAUUUAAUGAUUGGUGAGAUUCAAGAGAUGUUCAAUGGACUAAAAUCAAAACUUGAAAACUCAUUUCUGAUGUCAUGUGAUAAAACAUUUUAUUGAAUGGAUUGCCAGUUAAUAGUCAAGACUACUGACUGACAUCCCGUUCAAUAAGUGUAUAAUAACAUUAUUGGACGUGCCAAUGAAAAUUUAAGGGGAGCGUAGUUCCAGCGGUUAAAGUGUUGACUGCUCAACCUAGGGGUCUUGAGUUUGAGCCCACUGGGGUCAUGAACGCACCUUCUCAUAUGACGCCAUAUAGCCUGUACUGUGUUGGUGUGUCAUAAAACCUAAAUCAAGUCAACACAGUUUAUAUGAAUUAAUUAUUUAGGUUUUGAUCAUACAGUUACAUGAGAGAGAAAGUUCAUAAAGCAAUUUUUACCAUUGAUUUACAUGUAUUUCUCAUAUUUCUUGCAGCUCGCCCGCUUAGUUCACUGGGGAAAGCACAGAUCUAUGGAUUGUGGAUCAGGAGUCGGAUACACAGGAGGGGCAUAUGUUCUCUGUGACAAUUUGAUAAAAGACAAGUGUCUGAAAUCAUUCGUCCUCCAUAUUUUUUGUAAACAGUUCUGCAAUUUUUCAGUUUUACCAGCCUUCAUAAAAAUACAAAUGUAACAUAUUAGGAAAAUUAAUAUAUUUUCCUAUCUUUAAACUAAUUCAGUUACAAAAAACUUUUUUAUCAGAAUGACAUACAUUUGCAUAUCUAUAAAGAACAGAUAUUUUUGGAUAAACAGAUUGAAGAAUGUGUUGUUUAAUUAAAUGUCAAAGAUAAACCAAAUGAAAAAAUGAUGAAAUCAUUGAUGACUAAGUGUGUAAGUUUGUUAAAUUCUUAAGUCAGUGUUUGAUCCACGGAACCAGUAACGGGCUUUUUCAUGAAUUGCGGCUGUAUUGCAAGAUGCAGACAUAUAUACAUCAUUGUAAAGAUCUCAGAAGGUGGUGGUAGGAUCUUUUUUGAAUUUUAACAUCCCUUGGUAAAAGUUGGGCAAAAUCACAAUUUUACAGAAGUUUGGCUUGAAAAUGUUGUUUUUAUGCUAACAAAGAUAUCCUGAAAACAGAAUUGAUUUUUUUUUUAAAUUAGGUUUCAUCUUACGGAAACUGUGGAGCAAACAGUAGUGUUAUUUAGUACUUUAUAUAGGGUAUUAACAGAAUAAAAUUUCAAGAAAUACACAUUACAGCAUUCUGAGAUUAUGAUAUCAUUUUAUAGAAGUUGGAAAUGCAUUAGAUCUAAGUCAAUGGUUGAAAAACAUUUGUGAACUUUGAUUUGGCACAUUACUCUAUAUCAUCUUCAGUCAGUUUUUCUUAAAAAGAAACGCAUACUGGUACAUUAAAAUGUGAUCAACAAACUUUUUCUCAAAACCGAAAGUGGUGAAUUAAAAUUUGACAGGAUGCAGGUAUUUUGGUUUACAACAUUAUUACAAGACUGUAUUGUCUAGAUUAUGAAUUUGAAGUGCUCUCGCAAAACUUUGUGGUUUUUGAUACAUAUUUGUUGAAGCCUUAAGGAGUGGAGAAAUUACAGUAUUACCAUACACAUAUUAGCAAAUAACUUUUCGUAUAUUGUUAACGGUGAAUAUGUUAUUGUUCCCAUUCAAUAAAUUUGUUUGCCACUUACAUUGCAAUUUGCUGUAUUUUUAGUGCUGACUGAAUUAUAUUUGUAUAUUUUGCUUA